AUGUCACCGGGUACCAAGGCCAGAGAAGCGGAACGGAAGCGCAACAGCGAGUGGCCGCGUCACCGGACACCAAGGCCAGGGAAGCGGAAAGAAAGCGGCAGCAGCGAAUGGCCGCGUCACCAGGCAAAGGCCAGGGAAGCAGAAAGAAGCGGCAGCAGCGAGUGGCUCGUCACGGGCACCAAGGCCAGGGAAGCGGAGCGUAGACGGCAGCAGCGAUUGGCCGCGUCACCGGGCACCAAGGCCAGGGAAGCGGAGCGUAGACGGCAGCAGCGAGUGGCCGCGUCACCGGGCACCAAGGCCAGGGAAAUGGUACGAAAGCGGCGCAGUGGCUGCCGUCGCAACUGGGUCCUAGCAACGACUACAGCAACACACCAUAACUGGCUGCUGCAACGAGACGUCUGA